AAGGGACAAAUAAAUAAAUAAAAACGGGGGGAUCGUCUAUCGAAUAUCGAUUUAAUUGAUUGAUUCAAAACAACAGAAUCGAAUGGAAUUAAUGUAAGAGUCAGUGGAUUCAACAAUGAAAGGCGUCUACUCGGCGCCCGGAGAUUAUAUCCACUUCAAGUCCCAAGUCCCUCUUCACAAGAUCCCUAUUGGCACAAAGCAGUGGCGAUAUUAUGAUUUUGGUCCCAAAGUAGUUCCUCCACUUAUAUGUCUUCCUGGAACUGCUGGGACAGCAGAUGUCUACUACAAACAGAUCAUGUCCUUGUCCAUGAAGGGUUAUCGGGUAAUUUCUGUUGAUAUUCCAUGUGUUUGGAAUCAUCAAGAGUGGAUUCAAAGUUUCGAAAAGUUCUUGGAUGCCAUUGAUGUUCACCAUAUACAUUUAUAUGGCACAUCUCUUGGAGGCCUCCUAGCUCAACUUUUUGCCCAACAUCGUCCUAGACGGGUUAAAUCCUUAAUUCUAUCAAAUGCAUUUUUGGAGACAAGCAGUUUUUCAGCGGCAAUGCGUUGGGCACCUAUUGUUGGUUGGGCCCCAUCUUUUUUGUUGAAACGAUACAUCUUAACAGGAAUACACAAUGGACCUCAAGAACCUUUCAUCGCUGAUUCUGUAGAUUUCGUUGUUUCACAGAUCGAAACUCUCUCGAGAGAUGACUUAGCAUCCAGGUUGGCUUUCACAGUUGAUAAUGCUUCAGUUGGACCUCUUCUACUUUCAGAUUCAUUCAUUACCAUAAUGGAUACAAAUGACUACUCUUCAAUUCCUCAAGAACUCAAAGAUCAGCUCGGUGAGAGGUAUCCCGCUGCUAGGCGAGCUUAUCUGAAAACAGGCGGGGAUUUCCCAUUUCUUUCCCGCCCUGAUGAAGUUAACCUACAUCUUCAGCUGCACCUUAGACGAGUUGGAGUAGAAGCUAAGCCAGAUUUGGUUCCAAAAGAUGGCUCUGGUGGGAGCCCUGGCAAGGAGAAUGAUGAAAAGAAGGAUCAUGAUGACCAACCAAACGGCAAUGGGGGCAAUCCCGAAAGUACUUCCAAAGAAAGCCAGUCACCUCCGGCUCCUGAAAGUUCAGAAUAUCACGGCCUAUAUGAUCAGCGACUCAGUAGUGCAAAAGUCAUUUCAAUAGGUCGCGAAGAUUCAACAUUGAUGAGGGAUCAACACAUUUUAGCCAUCGGAGUCCUCCUUCAGUUGACUUGGGAGUUCUUUAUCUUCUCAUUGCUUCCCAUUUAUGUUUGUUCAUUGUACAUUACUCAAAAUAAUGUUUGGAAAUUCAGAAAACUGGUGUAAAAUAGAACAUAACUUAUAAGUUUCUUUCUCGUUGUUGUUCACUGAUUUUUCUCAUUUUUUUUUAGCUAUUUGAGUAUUGUUAACUGAGUUGAUAA